CGCAGCAGACAGCAGCGCCUAGCCAACAGCAGCAGCAGCUUUGCAAACGCGGAACGCCGCAGUCGACGAAACAAUAUUAUUGUACCUACUCUACAGCUCCACUAUAACUGUCUGCUGAUAACUCUGCCUCCGUCGGUGUUGCGUGUGUGUGUGUGUGUGUUUUUGUUGUUGUUGUGUGUCAUAAACGUAUGCGCUCGGAUUUCGUGCCGUCCUAUCUGCGAUCGAGCGCUCGUCGCGUUAACGUAUCCGCCGUCGUCGGGACCGUGUACCGCCGCCGCCGUUGUGCUGAUCCGGAGAGUGCACAUCGUAUUGCGUGUUCGCCGCGCCACCGCGUUUGUCGUCGCUCGCCGUAAAAGCGGUCAAGCGUUUUUCCUGUACAUUGUUGUACGUCGUUGUACGGUCUUGUUGCGCGUUGACGGCGAUCGCGCGCGCCGUUAACGAUCCGGUCAUUUUGCGCUCUCGGGGCUCGGCCGCCGCGCCAACCCCAUAUUGGACAUGACCGCGGCCUUACCGUGAAAACGCCGCUCGCUCGCAAAUAUUGCCCCCGCACACCACUUAUGGUCGACAAUUUUGGAUUUCGGCAGGUUCGCGCGCCCGCAGACCGCCGCGGAUGUGAUGCCCAUCGUCCGCACCUCGAUCGACGCCAACGGACGAUACGACAGCUGUGACCGCCGCAGUCGAUACGUUAACCGUAUAUAAUAAAAUGAAUUAACAAUAAUAUGGACGAAAAGAAAAAAUCUGCCGUUGGUGUUUCAAACACCGCACUAACUACAGUCAAACUACAAAAAGUCAAAGAGAGCGGUGAUCGCAAACAAAAGAAUGAUAAUGUUUGGAGCAUUUCGAAAGUAACGAGAGGCGCUGCCAAAAAUGCAAACGCAAAAAAAGUCGCAAAGCACGCAUUGCGGCAACAAGCGAAACGCCGACGUAAAAACACUACCAUCGCUGCCGGAAAUGUAGCGCCGCUGCCGAGGAUAAUUAUUCCUCCUAGUCAAACUAGUGCCGACGAAGGAGAAUCUAGAGUUCCGACCAUGUUGGAAGUGUUAUCUUCCAUUCCGGGAUUUAGUUUGGUGAAACCGCGUAAACGUCCUGGCUCAAAAAAACUGUCGGCCGCCGCCCAAUUAGAACAAGCCAAAGUCGAAGGUUGCGUCGAUUUGGAAACACCGGAUUCCGUACUCGCGCAAAUCAAUUUGAGAUCUCUGCUAAAUAAACAAACGUUUUCCAUGCUGCCGCGUCUCUAUCAACACAAACUUGUCCAGUUGUUACCACACGUUGAUCGAGAAAAUAUCGCCGAGGCACAAUCUGAUUUCAGACCCUUUUUGAAUGCAUCAGUUUUGAAUAAUGAGUUUUUCGCCCAAGCCUGUCUCGAAUGGACGGAGAGACUGGCCGAGGGUGAGUUCACUCCCGAGAAUCAGCAAAAAAUGAAAAUGGACAUUGAUCGUGAAAAAAGCAAAUUAGAUCCGUGGAAGUUAAAAAACUUUGAGCCGAUAUGGGGUGAAAAUAAACUCGCAAAUUUUAACACACCUCCUUCAAAUUUGAUGACCAGCCCAAAAGCGACUAAAAGAAAGAUGGUCAGUAGUCCGCCUGUACAGUCUCCGACUUCGACAAUUAGCGUUGCACCGUGCAUAUCGUCGGACGAUAGUAAAAACAGCAGUGCUCUGUUCGAGACGAUUUGGGAUUCUGUGGAUUCCACGACGGACUGUGUUGCCGAAGAAGAACUCGUCGAAGAAGUCACCAUGGAAAAUGCUGACGACAUGGAGGUGGUCGAGGAGGAGACGUCCCCGGCCGAAGUAAUAGACAUCACAGAAGACGAAGUUGUUAUGAGUAACAACGACAUGUUGGAUGAUAAGUGCUCAGUGGAAAAUUGGCCAAUUACCGAAAUUAGUAAUCAAUUGGAAGCAACUAUUCCCGAUUAUGAUUGUGUUUCGGCGUCAAAUGACAGAGAAAUGGAAGCCAGCGAAAUACAAUUGGAAUUGGAAGUUACUUUAACCCAAAAAAUUGAAAAUGUGAAUUCAGCCGCUCUGUCAACAGCUGCUAAACUAAAAAAAGAAGAGUUAAUUAGCAAACAUUCUGAAAUCAUCGUGGAGCCAACGAUUAAUUCGCUACUUACAAUUGAUGAACCUGAUCAAGUCGUUGCCGCUCACUGUUCGCCGCCAUUAUCAAAAACGUCGAUUCUUUCUUCUGCCAGCUUGUCCACCACUUCAUUGCUGAAAAUAACCACGAGUCCUAGCGUGCUGAACAAGCUGUCAUUCGUGAGUCCAGUUUCACACACAGUCACUACGACUAGUGGAAACAAAAUUAACGCAAUGGUUUCUUCGUCUAAACCUCAAAUAUUGGUAAGCUCAAACAAUAACGGGACAUCCAGAUCUAAUAGAACGGCAACAUCGAAACAACCGCCGGGUGCUGUUAAUUUAGAAAGAAGUUACCAAAUAUGUCAAGCUGUCAUACAAAACAGUCCGAACCGUAAUCAAUUAAGGUGCCAAUUGAAACCGCCUCCGUCGAUGCUCGUGGGAAAGCAAACUUUCAUGCGAAACUUACCUCCUACGAAAUCCAUACGCAGUAUGAAUGUGCCUAACGUUCCACAACCCGUAGUUGUUAAACACGUGUUUGCAUCGUCUCGCGGCAUUCCAGUUACCAUGUCGGUUUUACCGUCGUACGCAUCGGGUCAACAAAAACAACAAAUUCAACAACACCAGAGACUACACCAACAGCAGCAGCACCAGCGUCUCACCGAAAAACAAAUGGGACAAUACGUGCUGGUGCAGCGAUCGGGAGGUAUAACCGGAAUACGUCGUUCGUCCAGCGCGCCGCCGAUCAACAACAAAAUGCCACAUAUCAUAAACGGCGGCCGGCCGGCGAGUGUGGGCAUACAAGUAUCGACUUAUCCGACGUCGCAACAAAAAACCGAUUGUUCUUGUAGCCUCAACGCCAUGGUGGAGUGUAAAAAAUGUGGAGCGUUCUGCCAUGACGAUUGUAUAGGGCCACCCCAUGUCUGCGUAACAUGUCUUAUCCGAUAGGUCGAGUCAGGUUGUAUGUGUUCACAAACGCACAAUUAAUUAUAAUAUUAUCAUUUACGUAUGAUAUGUAUCAGUCAACGAGUCUUAGUGUUUUAUUAUGUUUAAUUCGAUAUACAUAUGUAUAUAUAUAUAUAUAUAUAUAUAUAUAUAUAUAUAUAUAUAUGUGUGUGUGUGUGUGUCUAUUACUACUAGCUACUCGGUUGAAGUAUCAAUUUUAUCUAAAGAAACCAAUUUUUAAUUUUUUUUUCUUUUUUCGGUCAACGUUCACUGACAUAAGUGCUGUUUCGUGUAAAGUAACCCUCAUUGUACGAAAUCUCUAAGCUAUUCAAUUUCAAUUUUAAUUAACAAAUAUUAUGUGCCCUACUUUAUUGUUACUUUUUGUCUCUUAUUUUUCACUUUCCAUAAUAUAAAAAAUAUACACUUGUUUC